UCUCUCUUCAUGGCAAGAUAAGAAAAGCCCUCUUGGAAGGAAAGGAAAAAAAAUGGUGAGAGAGAGAAGGGAGAGAAGGGUUCAUAACCGGCGUUACAGGGGAGUGAGGAUGAGAAAGUGGGGAAAAUGGGUAGCAGAAAUAAGGCAACCAAACAGUAGAAAUAGAAUAUGGUUAGGUUCAUAUAAUACCGCAGAGGAAGCAGCAAGAGCAUAUGAUGCUGCUGUUUUAUGUUUACGUGGGCCUUCGGCGACGUUUAAUUUUCCAUCGAAUGUACCGGAAAUUCCUGCAACGACAGAGAUAAUGCCUCCCGCGCAGAUUAGGGAGGUUGCUUUUAGGCAUGCAAGAAGGGGGAGUACUUUGGAAGCUGCAGAGAGGAUUGUGGAAUCUGGGUUGUUUGAAGGGCCGUCUGGGAUGAGUGGAGAGGUUUAUCUGGGUGGCGAAGGCGAUGGGGCGGAAAAUUUAGAGGGAGUUUCGAGUGGGGUAUGUUAUCAAACAUCUGGUGUGUGGACAGUUUAAGUUUGUUUGAGGUGCUUCUUCUUCUUCUUCUUUACUGUCCCGUGACUUGGGAGUGUCGAUUGAGCUGAUAGAAUUAAUUGACAUAGAGAGGAAAGUUUUGGUCGAAGGAAUUGAUUGGAAAUUUUGGUUGAUACAUGUUGGGUCUACCUUUUUCUUUGAUGUAAAAAAGAAAAAAAAAAGGGAAAAUGAUAAUAAUAGUUUUUUUUUUUUAAUGAAAUAACCAUCUUUCUAUGGCAAAAGAAGAGGGUGCUUGCUCUUGAUAUCAGAUUUUCAUUUCAUUUCAUUAUUAUUAUUUUUUAAAAGUUGAUUAGGAGACAAGGAAAGGAGAUGAUUAGUGUUUCUUUAAUGAUUAAAAGAGCUUUUUAACGUAACAAAA